GUUUUUUUACCAGUAGGAGUUGCUGCCAAACCUUUCCCAUUCCCGCUCGGAAUUUCUCGAUCUUUGCCCUAGCUCUCGUGUCCCCUCCCUCCAGUCCAUCUCAGAGCUCUCUGUGGCCGACCUCUCUCUCCCUCUCUCGCUGGAAUCAUGGACGUGGACGAUGAUAAUUCCGUUUCAACUUCAGUUAUGGAACCUUCCGCUGCAGUCAUUGAUGGCCAAACUGUAGUUGCAACCGGUCCGGUUCCAAUUCAACCAGUUCCAAUUAUUGGACCUCCACUUGGCUCUCCUGUUCCUCCAAUACCCACACAGCUUCCCUCAAUCACCCCUCAAUUGGCUCCUCUCCCGCCUGUCGUUAGGCAACCCCAAGCGCAGCAGAAUGGUGAGGUCAGUCCCAGUGACUCAGACUCUGACAAUGAUGGUUCAGGCCCCACUCCGUCUACUGCAGAAUACGAAGUUUCAGAACAGAGCAGACAAAUCAGAGAGAGGCAAGAAAAGAUGAUGCAAGAAUUACUGAUAAAGCGGCGUGCUGCUGCCCUAGCUGUUCCUACAAAUGACAUGGCUGUGCGGGCCCGUCUACGUCGCCUUAGUGAACCCAUAACCCUUUUUGGAGAAAGGGAGAUGGAAAGGCGGGACCGCUUGAGGAUGCUCCUGGCAAAACUGGAUGCUGAAGGGCAAUUAGAGAGGCUCAUGAAAGCUCACGAGGAUGAAGAGGCUGCAGCUUCUGCGACAAAGGACGAAGCUGAAGAAGACAUUCAGUACCCAUUUUACACUGAAGGGUCUAAAGCACUUUUGCAGGCCCGAGUAGAGAUUGCAAAGUAUUCUCUUCCGAGGGCAGCUUUGCGGCUUCAACGUGCAAGAAGGAAAAGGGAUGACCCGGAUGAGGAUUUGGAUGCAGAGAUAGAUUGGGCUUUGAAGCAAGCUGGGAGCUUGGUUUUAUAUUGCAGUGAAAUAGGAGAUGACAGGCCGCUUUCAGGAUGUUCUUUUUCGCAUGAUGGAAAUAUGCUUGCGACAUGCGCUUCUAGCGGAGUUGCCAAAUUAUGGAGCAUGCCUCAGGUGGAGAAGGUUUCUACCUUAAAAGGGCACACAGAACGUUUAACUGAUGUUGCUUUUUCUCCCGUGGACAAUUACAUUGCAACUGCCUCUGCUGACCGGACUGCAAGGCUUUGGAAUACGGAAGGGUCUCUCCUGAAGACAUUCGAGGGCCAUUUGGAUCGUCUAGGUAGAAUUGCCUUCCAUCCAUCAGGGAAGUACUUGGGAACAACUAGCUUUGACAAAACUUGGAGAUUAUGGGAUAUAGAUACUGGCGAGGAAUUGCUUCUCCAAGAAGGUCAUAGUCGAAGUGUGUAUGGAUUAACCUUUCACCGUGAUGGAUCUUUAGCUGCGUCUUGUGGUCUAGAUGCACUUGCUCGUGUAUGGGACCUUCGUUCUGGAAAAAGUAUUCUCGCCUUGGAAGGCCAUGUUAAAUCGGUUUUUGGUAUCAGUUUUUCUCCCAAUGGCUAUCAUUUAGCCACAGGUGGUGAAGAUAAUACUUGCCGAAUUUGGGACUUGAGGAAAAGAAAGGCAUUGUACGUAAUACCAGCACACUCAAAUUCUCUCUCUCAAGUCAAAUUUGAGCCUGAAGAGGGAUACUUUUUGGUUUCUGCCUCAUUUGAUAUGACAGCCAAGGUUUGGUCAUCUAGAGAUUUCAAGCCUGUCCAGACAUUAUCUGGUCAUGAAGGACGAGUUACAUCUCUGGAUAUUGCAGGAGAUGGACAGCAUAUUGCAACUGUGACGAGUGAUCGGACCAUCAAACUUUGGUCAAGCAGAAACAGUGGUAAGGAGAAAGACAUGGAAAUCGACUAGAUUGCCUUCUGAACCUUAAGAGUUGGAAGAUUUGAUAAUGCUGGCCACUGCAUUACAUGAUUGAGCUGAACCAUACGUUCUAAUUUUGGCCGAGGAAUCCAAUCGGGAAUCCCUGAGUACAUGGAGUAGCUUGUGCAGCUGGAAUUCCAACUCUAGUGUCGAGUGGAGAAAGGUUGAUCGUAGAGCUUGCAUUGGGUCCAAUCAACUUGCAAUUUUUCCUUGUAGGAUUGGCUCCACAUUUGUUCGAUUUCAUCACUGCUGCCGGUUUUUGUUCUUUAUGAGAAAAAUGGACUGACAGAAACUGAAGAAAUGGUUUGAAUCAGUUUUGUACUUUCUAGUGUAUGAGAAUGCCUGACUUUUCCAAAAUGAACAUCAGUUGUAAGCUCAUCUUGCCCCUUGCUGCGCUUGGAAAGUAUGAGAAUGCCUGACUAUUCUGCA